AUGGUGCGAUAUGAUCUCGAGGAUCAGCUCGCCACCAUCUACACGGAUGAAGAAGCUUACUGGAGGCUCCGCGGUACCCAGCGUUGGGUGCUGCGGGGCGAUGCUAAUACGGCAUAUUUUCAGGCGAUCGCGAAUGGGUGGCGACGUCGGAACUCCAUCCACUGUUUGUGGGAUGGUGAUUCCCAGCUCGUCCGCCCCUCGGACAUCCGGACGCAUCUUGUGUCAGUUGCGGACAAUGCCGCCUUAGUUGCCCCGUUCUCCGAGGAGGAAGUCCUCGCGGCGAUUAAGGGCAUGAACGCCUCCUCGGCGCCGGGGCCGGAUGGACUACCAGUCUCCUUUUUUAAAGCAUUCUGGCAGACCAUCAAACCUGAAAUCAUGGCUCUCUUUGACGAGUUUUUCUUAGGGACCAUGGAUCUUGGGCGCCUGAACUAUGGGAUCCUGGCCAAAGGGUACACCAAUAGGGUGACCCGGCUCGCCGACUCGAUCACUCACCCCAACCAGUCGGCUUUCAUUCAGGGCCGUUUUAUCCUGGAUGGGGUGUUGGUCUUCCACGAGGUCCUUCACGAAGUCCGCUCCAAGCACCAACGGGCGGUAUUCCUGAAGCUCGAUUUCCAUAAAGCCUAUGACACUGUGCACUGGCCCUUCCUUCGGGAAGUUUUACUCCGUAAGGGCUUUGAUGACCGUUGGGUGACCAGAGUUAUGCAGCUUGUCUCCUGCGGUCGGACCGCUAUUAACAUUAACAGUGAGAUCGGCCCCUUCUUCCCCACGCUCUGUGGGGUUCGCCAAGGCGACCCUUUCUCGCCGUUCCCGUUUAACAUGGUGGUCGACGCCCUUGCGGCCAUUCUUGACAAAGCCAAAUCGGCCGGUCACAUUCACGGCGUGGUCCCACACCUUAUGUCCGGUCUGACCAUCAACUUCGAUAAGAGUGAAGUGAUGGUGCUGGGAUACCCACCGGUGGAGGCCCAGGGCAUUGCGGACCGGCUUAAUUCCCGCCUGGGUUCUUUCCCCACGACCUAUCUGGGGAUCCCCAUUAGUGACUCGCGCCUCACCGUAGCGGACCUCCGCCCUUCCAUGACCCGGAUGCAACACCGGGUCGAGCCCUGGAAGGGCCGGUGGCUCUCGAAGGCGGCUCGGGUAAUCCUCAUCAACUCCUCGCUGGCUAGCCUUCUCUGGUUCCUCAUGAGCUUCUAUAGACUCCAUGAGACGCUUCACCAGGAGGUGGCCAAAUAUCAGUCCAGAUUUUUCUGGGCUGGCGAGGGGGACAAGCAAAAAUACCAUAUGGUGAGCUGGCCGGACAUUUGCAAACCCAAGGACCAGGGAGGUCUGUGGAUCUUGUCCUCCCGUCGCAUGAACAUUGCUCUCCUGACCCGAUGGCUAUGGCGUAUCGCCAACGGGGAGGGCGGCCUCUGGCUUACCAUCAUUCAGAAUAAGUACCUCCGAGGACAACCUCUUGCUUUCUGCCAGCGCUCUGGGGGAUCCCAGUUCUGGCAGGCUGUGAUUCAGCUCCUCCCCGUGCUCCGGAUUGGCACUUCCAUCUCGGUGGGUUCCGGGUCCUCGACCCUGUUUUGGUUCGGCCGCUGGCUUGGGGAUUCCCCUCUGGCCGCCCGCUUCCCGGGCUUAUUUGCCAUUGCGGCAGACCCCCGAAUUUCCGUCGAGACGGCCCUUAUUAACCUAGGGCGCCUCGCCUUUCGGCGCUCCUUUGGCCCCCAGGAGGUUGACGCGUGGGACGCACUUCUACAGGACAUAGCUCUCUUGCCAAUGGAUGUAGAGGGCGCCGCCGACUCCAUGGCGUGGCGCCUGGAGCCCUCGGGAAGCUUCUCCACGAAGUCUUUGUAUGCUGCCAUCGCCCCUUCGCUGGCCCCUGAGCCCUUUAGCCUGAUUUGGGACAUUCGUCUCCCCCUCAAGAUCCGGAUAUUCCUCUGGCAGUGGAUCCGGGGACGUCUCCCCUCUGGGGUGGAAGUCCGCAAGCGCAAUGGCCCUGGGGACGGGAUGUGUCCCCUGUCCGCCACGGUGGAGGAUUCGAACCACAUUUUCUUCAACUGCUCCACUGCCCAGUUCCUGUGGUCGUGCUUCCGUGAAACGGUCGGCGGACAGUGGUGCAAUACCAACUUCCCUGACCUACUCGCGGAGAUCCAUGCCUCCUCCCCGCGUUACCGCCAUAUUAGAUGGCCGUGCAUUGGGAUCCUAGCAUGGGCGCUUUGGAAUAUUCGCAACAAGCUCGUUAUUCAGAAAGUGCCUCUGCGACGUGCGACUGCCGCGAUCUUCAAAAUGUGUGGCUAUUUGCAGCUUUGGCGGCCGCUUAGCCGCCCCCAGGACCGGAGCGUCAUCGACACCCUCCUCACCGACCUUCGAUCGAUGGCCUUCCGCAUGGCGCCCCCGCUUCCGCCACCGCUGCCGGAGCCUGAUUAG